AAGAAGAUAUACCUAUUGAUAGGAAGAGCAGAGUGUCCGAAUUGCGGAAAAGCCUCAACUUUCGGAGUUCCUCUGUGAUAGACACUCGACACCGGCGUAGUACAGAGUUGAAAGAUAUUCCCAACGAGGAUGAGUCAAAACAACUCGCUCAAUUCAAUAUGAGGAACGAGGAUGAGGCAUUUCAGAUCAGGGAAAAAAAGUUGCAACACGGCGAUGAUGCCGAUGCUAUGAGUCGCUAUCCCAGUUACUCAAACUUUAAGGUUAAUUACUCCUAUGUCUGCCUUCAUCGCUAUUCGAAAGCCCGUAGGGAUUAUGAAGCACAGUUUCAGAAGGAGAUCGCUAACCUGAUUAAUUUUCAGAGCACUGCCGUCGAUAUGUUCAGCUUGGUUAGGAACAUGGCAUACACCUCUUUGUGGCCGCCGUUGCAUAAUGAGGCCGAGCUAAAGUACACGCAUGACAAGGUUUUCCAACUCACAAAAAAAGAGAAGAAGCGCUACAAAAAGAUAAUGUCUACGGAUUACCGAUGAA